AUGAGCCAGUACUUCGAAACCUUCAAAGCAUGCGGCAUGAAGAGUGGAACCGACGCUAUCCGACAAGAGAUCCAAAAGAAGGAUCAGAAGGCCAAAAGAGGACUGCUCUUGCAAAACAACAUUCAUCAAAACUGGCUAGGAAUGAAAAAGCGGAGAAACACAAAAGGUGACGCUGUCGUGCCUAACCACCAUGCUAUCUGCGGGAUGCUUGAAGAAAUUGCCCACAAGCAACGGAAACUUAUGCGUCAGGCGAAGAAGGUCAAGGACAACGUAAAAAUAGUUCCCAAACGCACACUACUGUGCGACGAGAAGAAAGGAGUGGCGUGGAACGCGAAGAAAGGAAGACUAAAAGCGAACAGUGCAAUCCAGACCCAGUCAACCUGA